AUGACUCAAGCAAAUAGGUAUGUGGGACCUAGGGUGAAUGCACUUGAGAGUACCAUGACUUCUAGAUUGAGGAACUUUGUGAGGAUGAAUCUUCUUACAUUUCUUUGCUCUAAGGUGACAAAGGAUCCCCAAGCAUUCUUGGAUGAAGUAUAUAAGAUAGUUCAUGCUAUGUGUGUUUCUUCUAGGGAGAAGGCAGAUUUUGCCUCAUACCAAUUGAAAGAGUUUACUCAAGUGUGGCUUAUUGUGUAUGCUAACUCCAUUGAGGAUUCUAAUCUUCAAAGGAUGGUUAGAGAUGUGAAGAGGGGAAGAAUUGAUGAGCAAGGUCAACCUAGGUUUAACAAGAGGGAUCCAAAUCAAUAUGUUCCUAGUGCUCUUAAGGAAAACUAUGAGAAGGAAAGUUGUUCCCAAGUCUAUAGGCCUACUUUCUCAAAUUGUGAGAACAAGCACUUUGGGAAGUUUCUAUCCGGUAGUCGUGGAUGUUAUGGUUGUGGGAACAAUGAUCACAAGGUGAGAGAUUGUCCUACUAUUGUUGCUAGAGGGAGGUAUGUGAAGAAAGCUCCUUAUAAUGAUCCUAUUAUGGGAAACAUUCUCCAGUUUGAUGCUCCUAACCAGUUAUUGUGCAUUUUCAAAUCUGGUGCUAGAAUUCUUAAUCCAUGGGCUUAA